AUGCAUCGCCGCUCGGGAACGCCGCGUGAGUUUCACCACACGCUGUUAGAGUUUCCGGUCGGUUUGAGUUCGGAACCGGCAAUUCACCCCGCGCGUGGCGGGACACAGCUUCACCUGGAGGACGGUGCCAGCUUUUCUGGCACCUCGUUCGGCGUCAGCCUGGAUCGACCAGUGGCCGGGGAAGUUGUGUUCAACACCGGCAUGGCGGGCUACGUGGAAACCCUUACCGACCCGUCGUACCGGGGGCAGAUUCUGGUUCUCACCUAUCCCCUGCAGGGGAACUACGGCGUUCCGCCGGCGCCCUUCGAGUCGGGUCGGAUUCAGGUCCAGGGCCUGGUGGUCCAGCACCAUGAACCGCACUACAGCCACCACGCCGGAGUCCGCUCCCUCGGCGCCUGGUUGAAGGCCGAGGGGGUUGCCGGCAUCGAGGGCGUGGACACCCGGGCCCUGACCAUGCGCCUUCGCGAGGCCGGGACGAUGCGCGGCGUGCUCUUCCCGGCCGGCCUGGCGCCUUCCGAUGCCUUCGAGAGCGCUUCCGCCGUCGAAAUGCAUCGCCAGGUCUUCGAGCAGGUCGUGCCGGGAACCCCCGUGCGCUACGGCCCCGCGGACGGGCCGGAAGUGCUGCUGGUGGACGUGGGCGCCAAGGACAACAUCGUCCGCUCGCUGGUCUCCCGGGGCGCGCGGGUCCACCGGGUGUCGGGUCUCCUCCCGUUUACGGAGGCCGCCCGGUCCGCCGCCGGGAUCGUCCUCGGGAACGGCCCCGGCGAUCCCGGCGACCUGCAAGGCCUCGCGCGCGAACUCCGAUCGGUGAUGGAGUGGUUCCAGGGUCCGAUCUUCGGUGUCUGCCUCGGCAAUCAAUUGCUCGCCAUGGCGGCGGGAGCCCGGACCUUCAAGCUGCCCUACGGGCAUCGCAGCGUGAACCAGCCGGUUCGGGACCUCGUGAGCGGCCGCUCCUUCAUUACGAGCCAGAACCACGGUUACGCGGUGGACGAAGCGAGCCUGCCCGACGGCUGGGAGCCGUGGUUCGAGAAUCUCAACGACGGCACCAACGAGGGGAUCCGGUCGCUCGCGCGGCCCUUCCGGAGCAUCCAAUUCCAUCCGGAAGCUCACCCCGGCCCCGAGGACACGGCCAUCUCUUCGACGAUUUCCUCGAGGCGUGCGCGCGGCGAUGAGCAGCGCCGCGGCGAAACCCCGUUCCGUCAUCGUCCUCGGUUCGGGGGCCCUCCAGAUCGGCCAGGCGGGAGAGUUCGACUACUCGGGAUCCCAGGCCAUCAAGGCGCUGAGCGAAGAGGGCGUUCGCACCGUCCUGGUAAACCCGAACAUCGCCACCAUCCAGACCAGCGAAGGGAUGGCGGACCGCCUCUACCUGAACGCGGUCACCCCUCGUCUGGUCCGGCAGAUCGCCGAAGCCGAGGGGGUGGACGGGGUGGCGCUCUCCUUCGGGGGGCAGACCGCGCUCAACUGCGGGCUGGAACUCGAGGAGUGGUUCUCGAGCGCCGGGAUCCAGGUUCUCGGAACCCCGGUGAGCAGCAUCCGGGACACCGAGGACCGGGGUCGCUUCAACUCCCGGCUCGCGGAAAUCGGAGUGCUCACCGCGCGCAGCAUCGUCUGCCACCGCCGGGACGAAGCCCGGGAAGCCGCGCACGCGAUCGGGCUGCCGCUGAUGCUCCGCAUCGGGUUCGCCCUCGGCGGCAAGGGCAGCGCCAUCGUCGAAACGGAAGCGGAACUCGAAGCCGCGCUCACCAACAUCUUCGGGACUCACGACACCAACGAGGCUCAGGUGCUGGUGGAGGAGUCCCUCCGCGGCUGGAAAGAGAUCGAAUACGAGGUGGUGCGCGACCGGGACAACAACUGCAUCACGGUCUGCAACAUGGAAAACAUGGAUCCGAUGGGGAUCCAUACCGGGGAAUCCAUCGUGGUGGCGCCCUCCCAGACCCUGAACGACGAGGAAUACCAGCUCCUGCGCACGGUUCGAUCCGCACCAUCCAGCAUCUCGGAAUCGUGGGCGAAUGCAACGUGCAGUUCGCCCUGAGCCCGACGGAGGCCGACUACCGGGUGAUCGAGGUGAACGCCCGGCUCUCCCGUUCCUCGGCGCUCGCCAGCAAGGCGACCGGGUAUCCCCUCGCCUACGUCGCGGCGAAACUCGGGCUCGGAUUCACCCUUCCCGAUCUGAAAAACGCCAUCACCGGGGUCACGAAGGCGUUCUUCGAGCCGGCGCUCGAUUACCUGGUGCUCAAGGCGCCCCGCUGGGACCUCGGCAAGUUCCAGGAAGCCGGAACCCGGAUCGGCAGCGAAAUGAAGAGCGUCGGGGAAGUGAUGGCCAUCGGGCGCACCUUCCCGGAAGUGCUGCAAAAGGCCCUUCGGAUGCUGGAUAUCGGCGUCCGCGGCCUCGAUUCGAAGGCGUUCGAAUUCGAGGACCGGGAGGACGAACUGCGAAACGCGACGCCCCGCCGGGUCUUCGCGCUCGCCCAGGCCCUGCGGGCGGCGGUGGAGGCGGGAACGGUGCCGGAGACGAUCGACGAAAUCCAUCGCCUGACCCGGAUCGAUCCGUGGUUCCUCUACGGGAUCGCCGAGGCCAUGCGGACGGAGGCGGAAGUCGAACGCGGCGGCUGGCCGAUCCCGCCGGCGACGCUCCAACUGGCCAAGGAGCAGGGUUUUUCCGACGAGUCCCUCGAAUUCCUCACCGGGAGGGAGCGGGGCAGUGCGCGCGCCGCCCGCCAGCAGGCAGGCAUCGGCCCUCACAUCGCCCGCAUCGACACCCUGGCCGCCGAGUUCCCCGCCGAGACGAACUACCUCUAUUCCACCUACCACGCGAGCGGCGACGAAGGGGUGGGAGGGCCCGCCACGGGCCGGGGCCGCAUUCUGGUGAUCGGCUCCGGGGUCUAUCGGAUCGGCUCCUCCGUGGAGUUCGAUUGGUGUUGCGUCAACGCCGUGCAGGCGGCGGCGGAGCUCGGCUUCGAAACCCUGAUGCUCAACUACAACCCGGAGACGGUGAGCACCGACUACGACAUCUGCGACAAGCUCGUCUUCGACGAGGUGAGCGUGGAAUCCGUCCUGGACCUGGUGGAAAAGGAACGGCCGGACGGCGUGGUCGUGAGCAUGGGCGGCCAGAUUCCGAACCGGUUGGCCAUGCGCCUCCACCACGCCGGCGUUCCGAUUCUCGGCACCUCCGCCGAAGACAUCGACCGGGCCGAGGACCGCAACAAGUUCAGCGCCCUGCUGGACCGGAUCGGGAUCGAUCAGCCGCGCUGGGCCCACGUAACCGACGUGGCGGAAGCGGAACGCAUCGUCGAAGCACUGGGCGGUUUUCCCGUUCUCGUGCGCCCGAGCUACGUGCUGAGCGGAGCCGCGAUGUCCGUUGCGCACGAACACCACGAACUCGCCCGCAUUCUGCGGAAGGCGAAGGCGAUAUCCCCCGAACACCCGGUCGUCAUCUCGAAGUUCGAGGAGGACGCCCGGGAGAUCGAGAUCGACCUCGUCGCGAACCAGGGCGAACUCGUGCUCUGGGCGGUCAGCGAACACGUCGAGGACGCCGGCGUCCACAGCGGAGACGCCACCCUCGUCCUUCCUCCCGUGGACAUGACGAUUCCCACGCUGGGGCAGGUGCGGCGCAUCGCGCAGCAGAUCGCGAAGGAGCUCCGGGUCACCGGCCCCUGCAACAUCCAGUUGCUGCAUCGCGACGGGAUCGUCAAGGUGAUCGAGUGCAACCUCCGCGCGUCAAGGAGUCUGCCCUUCGUAUCCAAGGUGACCGGGCGCAACUACGCCAAAGCGGCCACCCGCAUCAUGCUGGGGGCCGAUCCGGGGAUGGAGCACCGUCCGCUCUACGAACUCGAGCACGUGGGCGUCAAGGUGCCGCAGUUCUCGUUCUCGCGGCUGGGCGGCGCCGACCCGCUGCUCGGGGUGGAGAUGGCCAGCACCGGCGAGGUGGGAUGUCUCGGGGAUUCCUUCCACGAGGCGCUCCUCCACGGCCUGCUCGCCACCGGGUUCCAGCGGCCGAAGAAGGGCGUCCUGCUCUCGCUCGGGCCGCCGCGCUGGAAGCACCGCUUCGUCCGCACCGCCCGGACCAUGGCGGAGGAGUUGGGCCUCAAGAUCUAUGCGACCUCCGGCACCUGCCGCGUCCUCCGCGAAAACGGCAUCGAUGCCACCGAAGUCGCCCGCGUCCACUCCGAGCAGCGCCCCCUGGGCUCCGGGUUCGAUCUUCCCUCCCCGGUCAGCGCCCUCGACCUCAUCGACCGCGGUGACGUGGACCUGGUGGUGAACGUUCCGGUCGCCUUCGACCCCGAGGGCCGGCCCGACGGCUACCUGGUCCGCCGCCGCGCCGUGGACCGCGGCGUCCCGCUCAUCACCGACCCCUCACUCGCCCGCCACGUAGUCACGGCGCUGGUCAACCACGGGGAAAACACCCUCCGCGCCCGCGCCUGGAACGACUUUCCUGGAGAAGUAGGGAACGCCGGCCUUCAGGCCGGCAUCCACGCGGCCGAAGGCCGCGAAACCGCGUACCGCCAACCGAGAAAAAGCGCGGGGACGUGGAGCGCCGGUCUCCGACCGGCAUCGCGCGGGAGCGCGAAACCAGCGCCGACGACGCAGCGCCCUGCCAACGUGAGCUCCGCAACCUCUCGCGAACCCGGGAGGCGCAGCCGCUCAACCGAAAGUCGAUUCGUACCCGCGUCGAGCGAGCCCUCGAAUCCGGGCUCGACCACGCCCUCACACAAGUCAUCGCGAGUCUCCCGCGCGGACUGGUAG